AUGGGUUUUGACGACGUCGCGGGGCGGCGGCAGUGGAACCUCGAGGACGAUGGCGUCGCGCUUCGAAAGCUGACGGGGAUUGUUCUGCUGGCGUUCGGCCUCGCCGGGUUCAUCACGGUGCCCAUCGCCGUUUGGAACUUCGUCCGCACCGACGGUGGAUCGUCGACGGACGAUGCCGGGUACUACUCCCUGCUCAUCCCAAUCACGAUACCAGCGACAAUUAUUUUCGUCUACCUCAACUGGCUCUCAGUCUCCUUCUUCAAGACCGCUUGA